CACCACUUCUUCAUGCCUAACGUACUGCCAACCUGACGAGGUUUCUGUGACAGCCUCAGUGAAGCAGAUGGCGCCUGCGGAAGCUCGGCGCUCUGUGCGUUACCCUCAGGCAGGCUUGAAUGGCAGGUCCUGACACAUGUCGGCCUUCAACCAGGGUUUCGUGCCCCAGGAACCAUCAGCUGCCUUACCAGGUUGCACAUCGUCAUGUAUGUCGCCAAGGCACAUAAGAGAAAUGCCAUGGCCGGUCUGGUUAUUUGGUCUCGCACCAUCCUCAGUCGCUUGUUCUUUCACAUUUGAGGACUGUCCGUCGAGGGUUACGUUCCUUUUCUUCCUUUCCUCUAAUUUUCAGAUUACGUUGACCGUGUCUGCGUGUUCUUCUAAUCUACCGCUAGCCGGAGUCCACUCUUUUGUAAACCUUACUUUCUAGUCACAUCCGGUUUCUGUUCGCUCUGUCGACUUCGAUAACCGUCAUCAUGAGGGUCUCAACACUGUUCCCUAUCCUGCUUGCAGCUGGUGUUGCCAACGCUCAGUUCGGAGGGUUUGGCGGAGGAGGCUUUGGAGGCUUUGGUCAAGGCCAGCAGAACAACCAGCAGCAAAAUCAACAGAACCAGCAGAACCAACAGAACCAACAGAACCAACAGAACCAGCAGAACCAGCAGAACCAGCAGAACCAGCAGAACCAAGGCCAGAAUGGUCAGAACAACAACAACAACAACAACGGUGGCGGCGGUGGCAACUUGGCCUUGGACCCAGCUAACGUCCAGGCCAACAGUGCGGCGACUGGUCUUGAGCAAGGCGCUGAAGAGGGCCAGGCUGCUUCUGAUACUGACAACGCCAACUUCAUCAACUUCUGUACCGGCAAGACGCUCACCAAUGGACUUCAAGUCCGUGAUGGGUCGUGUAACGGUAUUCCGAUGGGAGAAAUCCCUGCUGCGAACCGUAUGGUUUCUGGCGUCUUCACCAGCCCCCAGAAUGGCGAUGUUCUGCCUCCGGACACUGCGAUGACUUUCUCGAUCCAGAUCGCCAACUUGCAAGCUGGAACAUUCACGAACCCCGACAACACAUACUACGCUGCUCCUCAAGCCCUCCAAGGAGGUCAGGUCGUCGGCCACACCCACAUCACAGUACAGGACCUUGGCAAUGACCCCAACCCUACCCAGCCUCUCGAUGCAGAGACGUUCGCAUUCUUCAAGGGUAUCAACGACAACGGCAACGGCAACGGACUCCUGAGCGCUGAUCUUGCGGAUGGUCUUCCUGAAGGCUUCUACCGUGUUUGUUCCAUGACCUCGGCCAGUAACCAUCAGCCAGUCCUCAUGCCUGUCGCCCAGCGUGGUGCUCAAGACGACUGUGUCAGGUUCCAGGUAUCUCCCAAUGGCGGCGGUAACAACAAUGGCCAGAACAACAAUGGCCAGAACAACAACCAGGCGAAUCAAGGUCAGAACCAAGGUCAGAACCAAGGUCAAACCCAGCAAAACCAGCAGCAGCAGCAGCAGGGUCAACAAGGUCAGCAAGGCCAACAAGGUCAGCAGCAAGGCCGGCAAGGCGGCGGCGGCCGUGGACGAUUCGGACGUCCCAAGUUUGCUGCCCGGAACUUCAUCGCCUAAGCGAUAAUACUUUGAAGCCAUAUUCAGGCUCUCAUGGUGGAACGUGGUAAUAGUACUUCUUUUGCCCAUAUACCAGACAGCGCACCUCAGUCCUCAGGAAGGAUAUGAGAUUAUACGGCUAGUCCUGACGGCGCUUUCUUUUUUGAUGCAUUCACGAUACCUCUGUAAACCUAUGAUCAAUACAACAUCUCGCGCUC